AUGGCCAAAGCGAGACCUCGCUGUGAGGCCACCGCCAAGCAAUCACUAAGAGAGGAGAGGGAACGGGAGAAGAUCGUGCAUACCGACGAGAUGCAUGCCAGUGUCGGAGAUCGAAGAGGAGAGGAGAGGAGCGUGCCAGAGAUCGGAGAGAAGAAAUUUCAUUGGUUGGAGUAUUCGCCUUCAACAAAUAAUGCAUAUUGCUUUUAUUGUUUUCUUUUCCUGAAUGAUGUUAAUUCGUCUAAUAUCUCGGCAUUGGUCAAUGAAGGAUUUGACAAUUGGAAAAGGGUAAAUCAAGGAAAAACAUGUGCAUUUCUUGCCCAUAUUGGUUCUGCAGCUUCUUCGCCUCAUACUAUGUGCGAGAGAAAGGCUGAAAAUUUGAUGAGACCCUCGCAACAUAUUGAUAAUGUCAUGCGUGCCCAAUCUAAAGAGGAAAAAGAAAAAAAUCGUUUGCAUUUGAGGACCUCAAUUGUCACUGUUCGCUGGCUAGCACUUCAAGGGUGUGCCUUUAGAGGUAAUGAUGAAUCUCUAUCUUCAUCUAAUCGUGGGAAUUUUCUUGAAUUAGUAAAGGCUUUUGCAAAAAUGAGUACAAAAAUUGAUAAAGUUGUACUUGAGAAUGCUCCAAAAAAUGUUCAAUAUAUCGCUCCAGAAAUUCAGAAAGAAAUUUUACAUAUUAUGGCUAAUAGAGUACGAAAGAUGGUUCGUGAAGAAGUUGGUGAUAAAUAUUUUUGUAUUCUUGUUGAUGAAGCACGAGAUAUAUUUAAACGAGAGCAAAUGACCAUUAUCUUGAGGUUUGUGAAUAAUUAUGGGGUUUUGACAGAAAAAUUUUUUGCCAUCAAAACUAAGGAUGUUAGUGUUAUUUGGGAGUUCUUUUCUCAUUUGGAUAAUAUAGUAAAUAUUGUUACUUCUACUAAACGCAUUGCUGAGUUACAUACUGCACAGAGAAUUGAAAUCAAGCAUAUGUUGGCAAUUGGAGAACGUGAUUCUGGAAGUGGGGCUAAUCAGAUUGGUAAUUUACAGCGAGCGGGAGCUACUCGUUGGAGUUCUCACUAUGACUCAGUAAAAAGCUUGAUAGAUUUCAUCUUGAUGGAGUUAAAUACUCGAUUUAAUGAGUCAUCAGUGGAACUUCUUUCUCUUAGUACUGCUUUAGAUCCUAAAAAUUCAUUUGAAUCAAUUAACAUUGAUGAUAUUUGCAAGCUUGCAAUGAAGUUUUAUCCUGAAGAUUUCACAAAUCAAGACAUCAUUGCUUUGAAAUUGAUUCAUCUAGUUUUGAUGUUACCUGUUUCUACUGCCACUACUGAACGAGCCUUUUCAGCAAUGAAGAAUGUGAAGACAACACUUCGCAAUAAAAUGGAGGAUGAAUUUCUUGAAGAUUGUUUGACACUUUAUAUUGAACGAGAUUUAGCUAAGGAUAUAGAUAUAGAUUCUAUUAUAGAUGAAUUUUAUGUUUCAAAAUCUCGUAGAGCACAACUUUGUUGA